GCUUCCUCACUUUCCAGAAAACAUUUCUUGUUCCUUAAUUGGUUCCCUCUUCCCUUUUCUCUAGAUUUUCGAUAAUGGCCGGAACCGGAGUGGUCGCGGUGUACGGAAACGGAACAAUCACGGAGAGCCACAAAUCUCCUUUCUCGGUCAAGGUAGGUCUGGCGCAGAUGCUCCGGGGUGGGGUCAUUAUGGACGUUGUCACCCCUGAGCAGGCCCGCAUCGCUGAGGAAGCCGGUGCCUGCGCCGUCAUGGCACUCGAGCGUGUCCCCGCCGACAUCCGGGCCCAAGGAGGUGUCGCGCGCAUGAGCGACCCCCAAUUGAUUAAGGAAAUCAAGCAGGCGGUCACCAUCCCUGUCAUGGCCAAGGCCCGUAUUGGUCAUUUCGUCGAGGCCCAGAUCCUGGAAGCCAUUGGCAUAGAUUAUGUCGAUGAGAGUGAGGUGCUCACUCCCGCCGACGAGGAGAAUCAUAUCAACAAGCAUAAUUUCAGAAUCCCUUUUGUCUGUGGUUGCCGGAAUUUAGGGGAGGCUCUCCGCCGAAUUCGGGAGGGAGCUGCCAUGAUCAGAACAAAGGGAGAAGCUGGCACUGGAAACAUUAUUGAGGCUGUGAGGCACGUGCGGUCCGUGAUGGGGGAUAUCCGGGUUCUGAGAAACAUGGAUGAUGAUGAAGUUUUCAGCUUUGCCAAGAGGAUUGCGGCGCCUUAUGAUUUGGUCAUGCAGACCAAACAGUUGGGAAGGCUGCCUGUGGUGCACUUUGCGGCGGGAGGGGUGGCUACCCCUGCUGACGCUGCGCUUAUGAUGCAGCUAGGCUGCGAUGGGGUGUUCGUGGGUUCAGGGGUGUUCAAGAGCGGGGACCCUGCUAAGCGCGCCCGGGCUAUAGUGCAGGCUGUGACCCAUUAUAGUGACCCUGAUGUGCUAGCAGAGGUGAGUUGCGGGCUCGGUGAGGCUAUGGUGGGGCUCAAUUUGAAAGACGAGAAGGUGGAGAGGUUCGCAAGUCGGUCCGAAUAGUGGAAUCACCAUUGAUUGUAGUGGAUGUGGAGUUUUUGAAGCUUAGUUGAUGUUUCCUGCUGUUUUAGUGUCUGUGAUGGACUUGUCCUUGGAUUACACAAACUUAUUUCCCUGAAAUGUUGCUUGGUUACUCUGUUUUUUUAUUUUGGUUGCUGGAAACUUACUGGAUGUUAUGCAUGUUGAAUUGAUGAUGCAAGGACAUGUGGUAUAUUGCAGCUAAUAAUAGAAAGCACCUCUUUUUAUUUGAUGAUUUGUAUUUAC